AUGCAGUCGUAUGCAGUUGUGGGAAUUCUGUUGGACGAUAUAGACCCAGUGGUUAAUGUUAUGAAGCUUGAAAAGGCCCCCAAGGAGACCUAUGCGGAUAUUGGGGGAUUGGAGACUCAGAUUCAGGAGAUAAAGGAGUCGGUCGAACUUCCCCUCACUCACCCAGAACUCUACCAAGACAUGGGCAUCAAAUCGCCCAAGGGAGGGGAAGGACCCAAGUUGGUGAGGGAGUUGUUUAGAGUGGCGGAGGAGUGUGCGCCAUCCAUCAUUUUUAUUGACGAGAUUGACGCAGUGGGGACUAAGCGGUAUGAUUCCAACUGUGGGGGAGAACGUGAAAUACAGAGGACAAUGCUUGAGUUACUCAACCAGUUGGACGGGUUCGACUCGGCAGGGGACGUGAAGGUGAUUAUGGCCACCAACAGGAUUGAAACAUUGGAUCCGGCACUGAUCAGGCCUGGUCGAAUUGAUCGGAAAAUCGAGUUUCCGUUGCCCGACGAGAACACACGGCGACGGAUAUUCAGCAUUCACACGUCGAGGAUGAAUUUGGGGGAAGACGUGAAUAUUGAGGAUUAUGUGACUGCUAAAGACGAUUUGUCUGGGUCAGACGUCAAGGCUAUUUGCACGGAAGCAGGUCUGCUUGCUUUGAGAGAGAGACGGACGCGAAUUAUCAAACAGGACUUUGAUAAGGCCAAGCAGUCCAUUCUCUUCAAGAAGAAGGAGGGGCUUCCUGAAAACCUGUACAUGUGAUGGGUUUUCGGUUUUAAUUAUACUUACGUUUCUUUUUGC